AUGGCGGCCUCAUUCUCCUCGACAUGGCGCUCCUUCUGGCAUACCAUGACCUCUAACGACCGCCAUGCAUCACACGACUCUCCUUACAGGACCGGCCAGCACGUUCCUCUCAGCCAGAGUCGCGAUGCACCGCUCACCUCCGUGGCAACGAGCGCCAUUGAGUCUCGGCCGGACCUCUCUAAUUCCUUUGACGAGCCACCGUCUCUCAGUCGGUCCUCAACCUCACAUACAUUAACUUCCCCGACAAGACCAUAUUCUCCCGGCAUGCGGUCGUUAUCCUCUCAGAAACUCGACCAGAGUGCAAUGGAAGGCGGAGAGAUACAGAUGCAGAGCUUUCAUGAUGGCGCUCCUCCACCACCCCCUGUGACCCACUCAUGGAGGAAAAUCGAUCGAUGGGUCGAGAGCAACUAUGAGGAGCUGUUUGACCAGCUGUGUGAAGGCUGCACCCAGAAUGACGUCAACGAGCUCGAGCAUGACCUAGACUGCAGCCUGCCAUUAGAAGUCCGCGAGUCGUUGCAGGUUCACGACGGACAAGAACGUGGCGGUCUUCCAACUGGUAUCAUAUUUGGCUGUAUGCUUCUCGACUGUGAAGAAAUCGUUCAAGAAUGGAAAAACUGGAGGACUGUCAAUGAAGAAUUCCUCAGUGGUUCCACGGUCACCCAUCCUCAACCACCCCUGAAGGCUUACGGCGGUGCAGCUGCAUCGUCGUCCUCGGCACCACCACCGCCACCAACAGCCCAUCAAAACGCCUCGAACCACCUAUGGAGACAGGAGCUGCUUGAUAGACAAGACUCACAGCCUCCUCGAGCCAUACAAAAGGCCUAUGCUCAUCCCGCAUGGAUUCCUCUGGCCAGAGAUUGGGGUGGCAACAACAUUGCUAUUGAUCUCGCACCUGGACCAGCUGGAAAAUGGGGACAAGUCAUCAUCUUCGGCCGUGACUAUGACUGCAAGUACGUUAUUGCGAGGUCAUGGGCGGCGUUCCUUGCAACUGUAGCAGACGACCUACACUCACCACACGUUUUCGUUGAUGAGGAAGGAGGCGAAUUGAAGCUGAAGCCAUUCAGACAAGCCGAACCUCCAUACCUGGAAAUUCUCCGUUGGAGAACUGACCAGAAGCAUGGCAGACGACAACCUAAAAAACGACCUAACGGACUCGGAGUUAAUACAAACGUCAAUGGUAAAACGACUAGGGAUUCUCCAUACGGUAGCCCAACCCCCAGCGAGGAUAGUAGAGGCAGGUCUCCUCAUCGAUUCCCCUCUCGUGGUCCAACCGGAAGUCCUGCGGCGGCAUUGGGCGUGUCGAGCCCUCUUGCACGCGUGACAGAAGAAACAUCCUCUCCAGUGAACUCCAACAAUAAAAAUGACCUAGACUUGAAGGUUCAAAGCAAGCUAAGGAAAUCAGACGACCUAGUCGAUCUGUCUUCUCCCGUGUUGCAGCAGCAAGCCGAACCUUUCCCUGGCCCUGAAACAAAGACAGAGACAGUUUCAGAACAGACAGCAAAUGGUGAAACUCCUUCCAAAGACAACACCUCCACACCUGAUAAGAACAAGUCUACCACCACCUCCACACCACAGCCAAAUCCACCAAAAGGCCUAGACGCAGAUGCAUUAGACGACAUGAAGACUGUUGAAAUUUAA